AGCGAUCUACAGGAUGAAGGCAGCAGCUUUGUUUGUUCUAAUAGCUGCAGUUGUCAGCAACUUUGCAGGUAUCAGGAGUUAUCAACGUAAUACUGAGAUUGACUGCAGUGUGUAUCCAAAAAUAAAUGAUGAUGAAUUGGCCUGUACCAAAGAAAAUAAGCCUUUGUGUGGCACAGAUGGAGUUUCAUAUGAUAAUGCAUGUAUGCUGUGUGUUGCUAACCUGAAGCAAAAAUCCAAUAUUGGUGUUAGACAUAAGGGACCCUGUAAAAUACGAAGAAAUCAGAUCAAUUGUGAUACAUAUAAAAAAAGGGGACAAGAUGACUUGAUGUGUGCCAAAGACUAUAAGCCUGUGUGCGGAACAGAUGAAGAAUCUUAUGGCAAUAAAUGUUUGCUAUGUGCUGCUCGCCUUAAGAAAAAGACAAACAUUUAUAUCAAGAAUGCAGGACCCUGCCCAUUUCCUGGAUAUAAGGUGGAUUGCAGUAAGUUCAUGAAAUCUGAAGAUGUGGAAAUGCUGUGUACCAGAGAAUUGAAUCAAAUGUGUGGCACAGAUGGAGUUACUUAUACCAAUGCAUGUCAGCUGUGUGCUGCAGCACAGAAGAAAAAGACUGACAUCUUUGUGAAGCACAAAGGAUCUUGUUCUAUCAAGGGGCAAAUGGUUGACUGUAGCAUUUUCAAAGAUGUCUGCACUCUGGAAUAUAGGCCACACUGUGGAUCAGAUGGAUUGAGCUACGGCAACAAAUGCAGUUAUUGUAUUGCCCAAAACAAGAAUUCAAAGUUGAGAUUUUUGUUUGAAGGAAGCUGUUAUCCAUGAACUAAACAUGUAUAUCAUUUUGCCAUGGAGCCAGGUUGUUGGAAAAUUAAUUUUACAAAUGAAAAUUAUGGAUAUGCAAUAAACGAUACUAAGUCACCACUAAUACAAA